ACAGAUUUUUUUUUUUUUUUUGGGGGGGUCGGGCGGCCAACCGGUUUUUAUCACCGCAGCGACACAAGGCUUCUCCUGUGUGUCUUUGGUUCGGUUGCUGUGUGUCUACCGGAGCGCAUUGGUAGUGAAGCAGAAAGCAGCGAUGAAGUUCAGAGACGCUAAAAACUCAUCCUUCCCUUGGUUUGGAAUGGAUAUUGGUGGGACACUGGUCAAACUUGUUUAUUUUGAGCCAAAAGACAUCACAGCUGAAGAAGAACAAGAAGAGGUAGAGAAUCUGAAGAGUAUUAGAAAGUACCUGACCUCCAAUAUAGCUUAUGGGAAAACAGGAAUCCGAGACGUGCAUCUGGAGCUGAAAAACUUGACAAUGUGUGGACGCAAAGGAAACUUGCAUUUUAUCCGUUUCCCAACACAUUCCAUGCCUAAGUUCAUCCAAAUGGGUAGAGACAAAAACUUCUCGAGUUUGCACACUACUCUGUGUGCAACAGGAGGCGGUGCUUACAAAUUUGAGGAUGAUUUUAGAAUGAUGGCUGACUUGCAGCUCCAUAAACUGGAUGAGUUGGACUGUCUGAUUCAAGGUCUGCUUUACAUUGAUUCAGUUGGCUUCAAUGGACAAUCUGAAUGCUACUAUUUUGAAAAUCCCACUGAUUCUGAUCAGUGCCAGAAAAAGCCAUACUGCUUGGAUAAUCCUUUUCCAAUGUUGCUUGUUAACAUAGGCUCAGGGGUCAGUAUCUUGGCUGUUUAUUCGAAGGACAAUUACAAGAGGGUUACUGGAACCAGUCUUGGUGGGGGAACCUUCCUGGGCUUGUGUUGUUUGCUUACUGGAUGUGAAACCUUUGAAGAAGCUCUUGAGAUGGCAGCAAAAGGAGAUAGCACUAAUGUAGAUAAACUAGUUAAAGAUAUCUAUGGUGGAGACUAUGAAAGAUUUGGUCUUCUGGGAUGUGCAGUAGCAUCCAGCUUUGGUCAUAUGAUGAGCAAAGAGAAGCGUGAUUCCAUUAGUAAGGAAGAUCUGGCGAAGGCAACUCUGGUUACAAUCACAAAUAACAUUGGAUCCAUAGCUCGAAUGUGUGCACUAAAUGAGAAUAUUACCAGGGUGGUGUUUGUUGGGAACUUUUUGAGAAUCAAUAUGGUCUCCAUGAAACUGUUAUCUUAUGCUAUGGAUUAUUGGUCCAAUGGGCAACUGAAAGCUUUGUUUUUGGAACACGAAGGUUACUUUGGAGCCGUUGGGGCAUUUCUGGAGUUAUUGAAGAUGACAGAUGCUCACUGAAAUGUACAAAAGGGACCACACCAUCUACAAGGAUAAUUUGUAUUUUAAAGCUGCUGACUAAACUUUAUUCUACUACUGGAAAGGAGCCAUUUAAUAAAACUUAACUUUUCUUAAUUUUCAUAUUAAAAUAGUUUGUUUUCAGUAAUAAGCUACUAUUGUUCUGGGUAUAGGCUCUUUUCUAAAGGGAAAGUAAAAAUCCUAUUAAUGUGUAUAAUGUGUAUAUAUUUUAAACAUUGUGCGAGAUAGCCAAAACUCACUGGUUUUAUGUAUUGAUUUUUGGAAAAGUAAUUUCUGUAUAAAUAUGGACCGAUCGGAGUUUUCUUCUGGGUUGUACUGCCUUGUGAAUUAUGUUAAUGAUUUAAGUAUUUAUGAACAAUUUGGGAGAUUGUGUGUGUUUAUUUGUGGUAUUUCAUGACCUGCUCCUGGUUUCAAAUGUAACAGUUUCAUUUGAAACGUGAAUCUAUUCCUGUAGUUCAUUGCUUUUGCAGGGAUUCUGGCAUGUAGUACAUUUUUGUAAGGAUGACCUUUCUUUGAACACAUAAAAAUAGACUGUGGGCAUUUGACAAACAUACCAACCAAAAGACCAACUUAAAAAAUCUAUCUUUCUUGAUGUGAGUUUAUAGAUCAAAGAAUUUAUCAGGUCACCGCAAAAUAGUCUUUGUGAAAGCAAUAUUUUGUCACAGAUUUGAAGAUACGGUGAAAUAAUGUGAUGCUCCUCUGAAUAUGUUCUUGCUUUCUUUAAAAAUAACUUAAUAAAAUUUACUGUAUGAUUGAACGGGCAUCAAUCUGCACCACAUUAGUUAAUGUUACUUCUCUGUAACUGAUGUUUCUAAUCUUUAUUUAAAAGUAAUAAUUCCGAUAAUUGCAAUGUGCUUUUUGAGACUGGUUCUCAAUAGUUAGUAAUUGCUACUCUCAGUUGUCUAAUUUAUAAAGGAUACUUUGAUGAGAUUAACUUAAUCAUGUUAAGUAAGAAAACCCAAUAACUUGCCAAUGCUGGAGGCAUGUGUAGGUUAAAAUUCUUUUUUUGUGGAAUAAAUUGACAUUUCAUCAGUAGCCACACAUCUACCACGUGGAGUUAAAUUGUACUUUGGAAAUUUGCAAAAACAUGAUAUCACAUAUGUAGCCUUUUUCUGGGGUUACAGUUUCCACAAUGGCAACAGAUUGAGAGGCUUUUGCUUGUGUAAUGUUAUUGCACUAUAUCUUAGUUUAGAUGUUCUAUGAUUGGUUGUGUAACAGGUUUUUAAUCCUACUGCCUGUAUUUCUCUGCAUUUUAUGUAAAUUCAUCUUUCGCUAUAAUUCUGUCCCAAGCUUUGCAUGUUAUAUCUAGCCAUUUUACUGCUUUCUUUUAAUCCUGUUUGUAUUACAUGUUUUAUGUGUAAGAAAUAGGAUUGCUGAAUAAGAGCAGUAUCUGCUCUGUCAUUUAUUGUGUAGGACUAGUGGCUACACCAUCAGCAUUAAACCUUUUUAAAUUUGAAAGAGAAGCUGCAACAUGUAGAAAUAGCUGCUGACCGAAUUGAGGAUAUUGCUAUAAAUUGUUGGGAAAUGUAUAUUAUUGGUACUUAGUCCAUUUAAGCUGUUUUAGAAGUCAUUUUGCUGAAAAUAUGUGGGACUGUACAAUUGCAUUCUAAUCCAAUACUGGAAUGUGAUGAAAUCAACAUUUUAAAAUAAAUGUUUCCAAUUUC